GAUGCUUCUCAGACGGGAAGCACGACUGUUCACGACUUCUCCUCCAGCAGCAGCUGUGAAGUGGGACCUCUCUGUGGCAUCACGCACUCAACUCAGCGAGAAACGGCCAAAAUGUAGUGGAAAAGACGGACAUACGCCUCUUUCUGAAGGGAGGUGUAAAACUGAAGGUGCGGGAACCUUUUCACGUUGAGUUUACGCAGCGAGGACGCGCAGAGAUUCGUGCGUAAAAGUGAGAGGAAGAGCACAGGAACUUUUGUGUCGAAAGAGACGUUUUCUUGGAUGGAAUGGAUGCGUCAGUGCGCCUCUGGGACGUAAUAAAAGCUGACAGUUGAGGAACAAUCAUUUCCAGCUUCGUAGUUUAUGUCUGCUUUCCAGAGUUUGGCGACAGCAGCGGAGCGCAGCGCGCAGCGGGGCAGCAGAUGCUGGAUAGUGACUAAGCCUUACGGCUGGAAAGCUCAUGAAUUGAAUUUGUCUGGAGUGCAGACUUUAUGUAAGAAGUAGGACAAGCAUAACACCGCCCAGCUCGUUCUUCCCGUCAUGCGUAGAGCCGCUUCGCCGCCGUGCUAUGAUGAGAGACAUCAGCUCUGAGAGUCCAACCGUGGUGCAGAAAGUUGCAGCUAGCUGAUCCCACAGCUCCUGCAGCGGGAGUCGGUGGAAAGUUUGCGCGUUUACAUCCUUCUACCUCUAUUUGAUCAUGCACGAGGAGGGCGUCGAGUGCGCUGCGGCUGACAGCUGCUCGGACGGGGAGAGCAUCAGCCUCAGCGUGCUCAACUGGGAGCAAGUGCAGCGGCUGGACACCAUCCUCACCGGGUCCAUCCCCAUCCACGGCCGCUGGAGCUUCCCCACUCUGGAGGUGAAGCCGCGGGAUAUCGUCAAGGUGGUCCGGAGCCGCAUGGAGGAGAAGCGGAUACACGUCCGGGAGGUGCGCCUGAACGGCUCCGCGGCCAGCUACGUCCUGCACGAGGACAGCGGUCUGGGGUGGAAAGAUCUGGACUUGAUAUUCUGCGCCGAGCUGAAGGGAGAGAUGGAGUUUCAGAUAGUGAAGGAUAUCGUCCUGGACUCUCUGCUGGACUUCCUGCCCGAGGGGGUGAAUAAGGAAAAGAUCACACCGGUGACUCUAAAGGUAGUAUGUCUGUUUAUCAUCAACACAUGACUUAAAUGAGGAAUUAAGGUUUAUAUAUUUGCACUUUUCUUAACUCAUAAUUCUGCAGACUUUAUCCUCCAUCGUUACUUUACAUGCGCAAAUUACGCACGCACACUUCUGAACUUGUGCGCAACAGGUCAGCGACCGUGUUUCCUGUCUGCAGAUACUCUGACAUUUCACCUUAAGACAGCUUACAUAAACAAGCUGAGAUCUGGCCUGAAUACAGCCAACCCGCACUCAGAUAUAAGCCCUCAAAUAGUAAAAAGGUCGGUUUCCAAUUCAAAGAGGAUUCUGUCUAAUCCAAUUGGAGUCGGAUCCACAUUAAUAAGUCGGCCCUCAGUUACCUAGAUACCGAGGGCUACCCAGGGCUGCUAAUGGCCCACCAACAGACAUGACCGAGACUAAACACCAUUUAGAGAUUUGAAGUAACUAACAUGAAUGUCUCCAGAGGGGGGGAAAGUCUAUAAAGAAAAUAAACACUUAGAUUUUCAAGUUCAUGUGUUCAUUAUUCAUGUGAGUGUUGUCAGAGAGAAGCGUUGGUGUGAGAAGCAGCGCUGUCUCACAGCUGUGAAAGGAGGAAAUGAGAGGAGGAGGAGGAGUUGAAGUAAACACAGAGAGACGCAGAAGGUCUCUGUGAUGGAAAAAGAGAGGCUGACACAUUUUCUCUUCACUCUGGCCUUAUUAGGAUUUCUCUUUUGGAUAUCACAUUAAAUAAAUACUGAUAUACUCGACUGUCAGACACCUAUCAGGUCCGAGAAAGUUCUUCAUAUCUGAGCUGUUUCAUUAAACUGUCUGAUUUCAUGUUUUUCAGGAGGCCUACGUGCAGAAAAUGGUCAAAGUCUGCAACGACUCCGACCGCUGGAGCCUCAUCUCGCUCUCCAACAACCGCGGCAAGAACGUGGAGCUUAAGUUCGUGGAUUCCCUUCGGCGGCAGUUCGAGUUCAGCGUGGACUCCUUCCAGAUCCGCCUCGACUCCCUCCUCCUCUUCUACGAGUGCUCAGAGCACCCCAUGGCGGCCACCUUCCACCCCACGAUCCUCGGCGAGAGCGUCUACGGCGACUUCCCCACGGCCCUCGAUCACCUGCGCAAGCGCCUCAUCUGCACGAGAAGCCCCGAGGAGAUCCGAGGUGGCGGGUUGCUGAAAUACUGCCACCUGCUGGUGCGGGGAUUCCGCGCGGCUUCGGACAACGAGAUGAAACUGCUGCAGCGCUACAUGUGCUCGCGGUUCUUCAUAGACUUCCCCGAUGUGGGCGAGCAGAGGAGGAAGCUGGAGUCCUACCUGCAGAACCACUUUGUGGACCUAGAGGACAGGAAGUACGACUACCUGGCCACGCUGUACGACGUGGUGCAGGAGAGUACGGUGUGCCUGAUGGGCCACGAGAGGCGUCAGACGCUCAGCCUCAUCUCCUCGCUGGCGCUGCGGGUCCUGGCCAAGCAGAACGCCAUCCCCAACGCUGCCAACGUCACCUGCUUCUACCAGCCGGCUCCUUACGUCUCGGACGGCAACUUCAGCAACUAUUACGUCGCUCAGGUUCAGCCCGUCUACCCCUGCCCGCCCUCUCCUCCCCAGCAUUACCUUUCUCCGCUGCAACACCCCAUGUACGCCACCUGGUUGCCCUGUAACUAAACUCUGAGUAUGUUCGCGCACUUUGGCACGACAAACGGAACCCAUACUCUUAAAAAAAAAAGGGAAGAAUAACGACGAGGAAGAGGCAAAGAGAAUAACUGAAAGAAAGGAACAAAGGAAUGAGGACAAACUGGAGCGAGGCUGUGGACCGGGGAGAGGGUUUUCCCCGUCGUAGGGCGCCACAGCAGGAAGAGGAGAGUCGACCCAUCGGUUUUACGUCUCUGUCAUCCAGUUGGCUCAGCCUCAGAGUCACCAGCAGAGAGUGACGACGUCUCACCGGUACUCAAACUUUUAAAAACAUGCAAAAACUGAGAGGACACGUGAAGCGCUGAAGAUACUGAUCCGCGGUCGUCAAGCAACGCUGACUUUCUGACUCUGUCCGUGCACGCCAUGUACGCACCAUUUCAGACAAUGCAAAAGAGGAACUGGAUACUGUUUACAAAUCCAAAGAUCUACUUUGAUACCAAUCUUUCUUUUUUCUGGGGGGGAAAUGAGUCAACGAAGCAAUGCAUGAUUUAUUUCUGUACAGGAAUAAUUUUCUUUAAGUGCCUAGAUGAAGCCUAUAAGGGAAAACAGAUAUUUUAGAGAGCUGUUGAUUCGUCUCAUUGACAUGUUAAAGGUGAUAAUGAAUGUACUGUGGAACAGUUAGUUUACCUGCAGAGGAAGGUCUCUUACACUGAGGGAAAUUAGGGAUUUCUUUUUUGUUUUAACGAUGUUUAGCGAAGUCUCUGCUCUUAUCUGCCGUCCUGCUGGAAGAACACACAUCCUGAUUACUAAAGAGGAAGUAACAACAUAAUCUCAUCAUCUGCAGAGAGAGAGAGGCGGGGGUGGGGUGGGGGUGGAGGCUGAAUCAAAAAUGGUCGAUAGUCGAGUACACGACGAGGAAAUAAAGGAGAUUUGGCACAAAGGGAAAAAAUAACUUCUCUUAUCUGUGUUUGGAAGAUUGCGAAAUAGAGCCGAGAAGGCGCUGCAUGGUAACCAGAGAGGAGGAAACCUAAAUUAAACCGGAUUAAACCUGUCAAAGUGAGCAGAGAUGGAAAACUGCUCGAUUAAAACUGAUCUGUGGAGAUAAAAAUUCUCUUCUUUUUCUCACGAAAACCAAACGUUGUGCUUUUGUACGCUCCAGUAACAAUGAGGUGUUGUGUGUUAACAUUAACCUCUCUUUAAAAACUGAUGAUGUGAAGAUAGGACGUCUUUGCACAUGUCGUCUCUGCACGCGCAGUACAAACACGCAGACGAGCGCCGCUCUGUUGAACUUCUUGUGGUCAAAAAUGUCCACAGAGUCCACCUCUGAGUUUUGAUUACACCCUGAACUAAAAGUUGAGCAGGUUUGCAGAGUGUUUGAAAUGCUAAUACAUGAACAAUUACCUCUCUGGCGUAAAAAAAGGACGGGUGAUAUAACAGACGGUGUGUUUGUCAGAGGGGUGGAGGAUGGAUUGUGUGCACGGAUGUGGCAGCAGAGCAGCUUUUGAAUGUCAAGUUAAAAGUUAUGUUACUUGGAGAGUCAGAAACCAAAAGCCUCCCAGAUCCUCCGUAAACCCCGGGACCUUUAUCCAAUCAUUCUCUCUGUAUGUGAUAAAAAUAACUGAUAAUUGAUGAUUAACAACCAGGUGGAACGGCAGUAAGACGAGUCGGCAGAGUUUUCGUCUGAUUGUGAAAUAACAGGUGUACAUUUUCAGCUUUAAAAGUGCAAAAGACCCUCAAACACGUCAGAUCUCCUAUUUUUCUAUCAAUCUCUAUUUUUGUACAGUUUGUCUUUGACUGAUGUAGCAGGCCAAGAUCCAAAGCUGUGCUGUUGAGUCUGUAUUGUGUGCGUGGUGUGUGCGAAUAUGUGGGGUUUUUUUUUGGCUGAUGAAGAGCGGCGCAGGUGGACACGUUGUUCAGAUUUAACUCGUGUUCGGUCGGACGUGCGCUCUGAGCUGUUUCAUGGGUUUUCUGUUGCUCCAAAGAGAUUGUUUCAUUGUUCUUCAUGUGUUUUUAAAUGCCGUCCUGUUGGGACAUGAAAAUAAUGGUUGUGAUAAAUGUGUCCAAGAUGACGAACAUGAGAAUUAAAAACAGAGAAAGACCAACAAAC